GACAAUUUUCGAAGAAGGAAAAUCACUUUUAUGGAAAAGGCAGACGAGCUAAGGAGUGAGUUCGGCUAUAAUAUUUAUGUUUUGGGACGGAGGAACGGAAAACUCUUUAAUUAUAUAUCUAGAGAUAGACCUUCCUGGCCGCUUAGCUUAAUAGAAGUUAUAAGUAGCAGUUAUCCUAGGGCAGAAAGAUAUACACCGGCUAGCUUCUUGAAACGGGGCACCAAAUCUCUGCUCUAUAAAGGCCGGAAGGAACAAGACAAUCCUAUAGUAAGAAUUAAGGACUUUCAGACCGGAAACGUAACGGGUGCUGAGGGAUAG